CAAAAAGGACCGAAAUGGAAUAUAAGUGAAAUAUAUUUUUCUCUUAUCAGUUGCAACAAAAUGGUUGUUUAAUAUCCAAUGGGAAUUUGUGAUGUAUCUUGUUUUUCAUGAUUUGUGAUGUUGUCCGCCGUCGUUGAUUGUCGUACAACUUUUUUCGAUUCUGCGUUCGUGAGAAUUAGUUUUAUUUAUUCAUUGAAAUAUUUAAAAUAAAGUAAUAUAAAAGUAAAACUAAAACAUUAUGAAGUGAAUGUACUUAUCGUUUUAUAUUAAAAGAUCUGAUUCGAGGUUAACAUAAAGUGCUGGUUUUAAAUAGUAUAAUAAUUCGUUCAAGCAACACCCUUGACAAAACAUUUUUGUCCACCCAUCUUUGGAAAAAAAAAAAAUAGCAUAAAUGCAUAUCUCUUUCUAAAUCUAAUAAGGAAGGCAACGGUGUGAACAGAGUAAAUAUAUAUUUGUUUGAUUUAUUCAAUUAAAAUACAAGACCUUAUGAAAAAAUUCUCAAGUAAUAGAAUAAAGAAAAGUCAUACAUUUAACAAAAAAAUGUCAAUAUAAUUUUUAAAUCAAGCCAAACAUGAAAUAAAUCUUGUACAAUCGUAAGCUUCAAGAUUGCUCUUCGACAUACAGUUAAAAAUCGAUAUUUUUUCGGGUUUCAUAGGUAAAGUGGUUCAUUUUGCUGUUUUUAUUGAUUUUUGCAUCAAACAAAUAAAUAAAUAAUUAAAGUGAAAAGUGUUGUAUUAUGAACUUAUAUAAACAUCUUGAAAAAAAAAUCUAACUUCACAACGCUGACGCAGACAAAACUUAAUUUGGAAAGAAGAAGGCUUCUUUCGUUUUAUAUUAAUUUUAUUUUAUUUCUUUAUUUUGUACAAUCUUGCGAAAGAUGCUUAAUUCAAUUCACUGAAACGUUUAUGGCUCCGUUUGUUAUGAAGCGAGGAAGAUAAACAUCUGAAGAAUAGGCCAGAAUGAAGGAGAUGGUCGGUGGAUGUUGUGUUUGUUCAGACGAGCGGGGAUGGCCAGAGAACCCACUUGUAUACUGUGAUGGCCAAAAUUGUACAGUAGCUGUCCACCAAGCUUGCUAUGGCAUUGUGACGGUUCCAACCGGACCUUGGUACUGUCGGAAAUGUGAGAGUCAAGAGCGUCCAGCGCGCGUGCGCUGUGAGCUAUGUCCAUCGCGUGAUGGAGCUCUUAAACGCACAGAUAAUCAAGGCUGGGCACAUGUUGUAUGCGCUUUAUACAUCCCAGAGGUAAGAUUUGGAAAUGUGACAACAAUGGAACCGAUCAUUUUGCAAUUGAUUCCUUCAGAAAGAUAUGCAAAAACUUGUUAUAUCUGCCAAGAAAUCGGAAAGCCCAACAGAGCUAAUGUAGGGGCAUGCAUGCAAUGUAACAAGUUUAAUUGCAAGCAACAAUUUCACGUAACGUGUGCUCAGAGCUUAGGUCUCUUGUGCGAAGAAGCUGGAAAUUAUUUAGACAACGUCAAGUAUUGCGGAUAUUGUCAACAUCAUUAUAGUAAAUUGAAAAAAGGAGGCAAUGUUAAAACCAUCCCACCAUAUAAACCAAUCACUCAUGACUCUUCUGGUUCCGAUUCUGGCUCCUCGCCAGAAAAAGAAAUUGACUCGACAGUAAGUGCUACAGCAUCAUCUACAUCAGCAACAAGUAUAAAAAUAACAAAUGCAAGUGGAAGUUCUUCUGCUUCUACUAGUGGUACUAUUGGAAUUUCUUCGACAAAACAAAGAAAAUCUUCAAUUGCUUCCAAGCAAUCAAGUUUGUCGUCUUCUUCAUCUGCUGUAACGCCCAGUGUCACAAACAAUUUGAGUGGAACAAAUGCCAUAGUGCCUGGGAAUAGUGGAAUGUGUACCCUUGGAGUACCAUCUAGCAGCAAUGAAAGUACAUCCAUUAGUGGGGGCUCUAAUGCCAGUAUGAAUUUGAACACAAAUGUAAAACCAAACAACAAUUUUGGGAGUUCCAAAGAGAAGGACAAACAUAGCAAAAAUUUAAAUAAAAUAAGCUCAAGCAAAGAUAAAGAUAAAGAGUUUUCAUCAUCCUCUUCAUCAUCUUCGCGGGAGAAAGGAAGUAAAUACAAAACCAAGGAUUUUGGAGAACAUGGUAGCGGUGGAACGGGAGUUUCUGUUGCCGCAGGGGGAGGGUCAACCGGUGGUCAAAAUUUAGCUAACGUUGCAGGUCGCUCAGGAAUGGGGAUGGAUAUAACAUUAAGUUCUACAGAUAAUGUCUUCCCAACUGCCGAAGCAGUUUCUAACUCUACAUCUUCAAGUGUGCCGAUGAAGAAUUCUGGAACAUCAAUAGCAAAAAAGAGGAAAGCUGAAUCGAAGGCUGGAAUAUUUGGAGAUGCAAAUGAUAUCAAUCAUUCAUUUCGUGAUAUAAUAAAAGAUGUUUCAGUAACAUUAACACCACUUCCUCUGGAUAAAACGUCUGAUCUGGGUGAAGUUGAAAAGUUAUCUAAGAAGCAAAGAACAGAAUUGAGUCCUCCAACCCAUCAAUCCACAGAACCUAGUAUUCCGAAUGUUAGCCCUAAACAUUUACCAUCGACAAAAAAUCACUCACAUUCCAGUGGUUCUGCAUCACAGACUCAGAAUGUUCCACCAGUUGAAUCGUCAAUAAGCUCCUCGACAAAUCCUUCGUCGUCAUCUUCAGGAAGUCAUAAAACUGCAAAAGAACGAGAUGAACGUGUGCGUUCUUCAUCACCAUUUACCUCAACGGUUAGCAGUGUUGGAGGAACAACCGUUACUGCUGGAAAUACUACAGCUGGUGCGGCGCCUAGUUUGUAUGUAUCAGUACCGCUUUCAACAGCUAACGUACCUGGGCUUAAUUUACCUACAACAACCACAGCAGAUCACCCUACACCGUCACAGUCGACACGUGCUGCUACGCAACAGCAGCAACAAUCAACAGUAACAGAGCGUCAGUCUCCUCGAAUACAUCAUCAAAUAUCAGCAUCGCCAGUGAUAUCAGAACAAGGCAGUUUCUCAUCUUCUCUGCCAUCGCCGGUUAAUGCUGCCGUUUUACAAAGUGGGAAAUCACCAUCGCCCAGUAUAACUGGCGGAAAUCUAACUGCAACAACAACAGAAACUGGAAAUUUAAAAAUAAGCUUUGAGAAACAAAAUUCACGAGUAGCUCAAUUGCAAGAGCAAGAAUCAGCGCCGGGGCGUAGAUCAAGAUCGCGGUCUGGAGAGCAUAUCAAUCCUAUACCAACAAAGCCACGUUUUGGUAAAAAACGCUCAGCCGCCAGUACCAAUGCGCAAAUGAUAAAGUCAUCCUCAUCAUCAUCGCUUACAGUUAGUUCAACCGAAGCGACACAACAACCGCAACAACAACAAAGAACAACUUCUUCGAUUCCUCUUAUAAGUCAUACGCCAGAUAUAUUAUCUGAGAGUUCUCAAAAACUGCAACCAAAGUCACCACCUUUAUCUGCACUACCACUAACCACAUCAUCAAAAAUGAAUGAUAGCGACAGAAUUGGAAAUAAUUCUUCUAUAAAUAGCAACAGUAGCGGAAAUAAUAACAUCAACAAAACCAACAGCAAUAAUAACAAUGAUAAUAAUAGUAACAAUAGUAACAAUAGCGCAAUGAACUUAAGCUCUUCCGCUCCAUCAACACCCACACCUACACCACCUCCAAUUCCAUCAACUCCAAGUUCUACGGUCAAUCCUUGCUCUUUACCUAUUUCCUCUGCACCUGACCUAAAUUUUUCUUCCAUUUCAUCUAGUACAACCCAGACCACUAUUACUUCUGUUAAAAGUAAUAAUAGUAAUGAGAAUGUAAACAACACAAUGGCAACGCUUAUAGUUAAUAGUUGUAGAAACAGUUGUAGUCCUAUCACACCAUCACCACCAGCACAAUCGACACCAACUCCUACAGUUGUUGCUCCACCAGCUGGUUCAAAUGUCCCAGCUUCUAAGGCACUUAAUAAGAAACUUCUGCGAGCCCAGCAGUCUCAUUUUUUACAACAGCAACAACAGCAGCAACAAUUGGCGGCUGUUCAACAGCAGCAACAAACUACAAUUGUUGCAAAAACUGUCGAAGUGACAGAUACAACAAACCCACUUUCUUCUCUCCCCAUUGAUGAUUCAAAUUCUAACACCAUCCCUCCUCCUCCAACCAUUUCUAGAACGCCAGACAGUGGAAUCUUCUCCUCGUCCUUUAACAUCAGUGGCAGUUCGCAGAAUUCAUUACCAGGAGCAACUUCUUCUGCGAAUAUCGGCUUGAAAUUCAGUUAUGAAGCCCAGCCUGGGGUUGCGACGGCAGCUGUACCUUCAAAUAUGGAUGCAAACCCAGCGAACAAUACAGCUUUUAAAGAUUCUCCUCCCUCCUCACCUGGUUCGGAGGCGGGAUCGGCUAGAAAACGCGGACGAAAGUCAAAUGAGAUAAAAGAUGUUAAGGUUUUUCAAAAUGGUGGAUGUGCCGUCUCAACGCCUGUCACGACUCCAACACCUGCUUCAACUUCAAAUGGCCCAAUACAUGCCACUCAUAUGCUGGGCAACCAAUUGAAUCCAACAAGUAGUGUGGCGCAAAAACUCACCGAUCAGCUGCACAUGGAAAUGCAGGACCAUAGUGUGUAUACUGAAUCGCAGCCACCGCAAUUUGUAGGUGUGCCAUUCCCAUCAAAACCAGUGAACAAUGUUCGAAACCCAACAAGUAUGCCAAAUAGUGCUAAUUCUUUGGCAUCUAUGUUUGGUGGAAAUGGAGGAGGUUACGCACCUCAAUCCCUGGAACAAUUGCUAGAAAGACAAUGGGAGCAGGGCUCACAGUUUUUAAUGGAACAAGCACAGCAUUUUGAUAUUGCAUCACUACUCUCUUGUCUACAUCAGCUUCAAACUGAAAAUGUUCGUCUUGAAGAACAUGUUAAUAGCUUAAUUGCUAGGCGUGACCAUUUGCUUGCUGUAAAUGCCCGCUUGGCUAUACCAUUAAAUGCCAACGUUCCCCAGAGUCAAGUUAACCUCAAUAAUAUCCAUAUUAAUGGACCAACGCAACCCGAUGUUGCUGCUGCUGGAUCUACUAUGCAACCCACAGCUUCUGUGCCAUCCACAGGCAGCGGUAACGUAACUCCCACAGUAGCAACCCUCACUUCAAAUAACCGAGCUCCACGAUCAAAUGCAGCAACUUCAUCGCAAAUGCCAACAAUGGAAAACGGUAUUGAUUUUCGACAUUCCUCUAUUCAGCAACCAACAUCAAUUCCAGCUCCAACAGCAGCCCCUGCAGCCCCAUUACCUCAAUCAACUAGCGGCGUUGGUCUUAGACAUUCAUCAUCUGUUCAUCCAAAUUAUUCCACUACAAAUCCUUCCUCAUCCGCUUCUCACCAUAGCAAUCAUCAACAUCACCAACUUCAGUCGCAUCAGCAUCACAACCAGCAGCAACAACAACCAUCUUUAGCACAGCACAACACAAUGUCGUCAUCCGCCAGCAAUACAAAUUCUGUGAUGACGUCGGCCUCUGUAAGUCGACAGACACAACAGCAAGCUCAGCCUCCUCCACAUCACCAUCCACCACAGCCGCAACACCCGCAUCAGCAAACUCACCACCCUCAGCACCAUAGUCACCAUGCUCAACAACAGCAUCAACAGCAGCAACAACAACAGCAGCAAUCACUUCAUACGCAUCAUCAGCAUACCCAGCACCAGCCUCAUCCGCUAGUGCAACAUACCCACAACCAUCACCAUCCCUCGUCCACUGGACCUGCUGCUCCACACCACAUACAACAACAACCGAGCCAGCAUCACCAAAUGUCAAUAGCAUCAAGUGACAGUUCAAUGCGCAAUACCGGAACAGGUGGCAAUAGUGGUACGGGGCGUGCCGGUAAUAAUAGUGGUGGGGGUGGUGUUGGCGCUAGCCAAAUGCUACCUGGAAGACCAGUUCAUGGUGAUAACUCGGCUUAUCACCCAGUGUAUAGUCAUCAGUCACAAUUAAGGCGAGAUGAUUCCCAAGGAAAGACCAGCUGAAAAUCAUUUCGGGAAAAGAAGCAUAAUUUAAAACCUCCCUCCCUUACAUCUUCAGCAGAUCAUUCUGCACAGUCCAAUCACAAUAGGACUAAGAUUAACAAUAACGACACAAAAAACCUUAGCAACUCACAGUAUGUAUUGAGUACCGCUACCGCUAUCAGUUAUGCCAAUGAUGGCAACGAUGAAAUGUCUAUAUCACUGUCAUCAGAAUCGCAUACAUCAGAUGAUGAUUCAUUGCAUGGCGUUGAACACACCGCAGUUUCAUCACCUACGAUAUCAAUGCUUCCAUCUGACAGUGGUGAUAACAACCUUUUGCAAGUGCAAAAUUUCUUAAAUUGUUUCGAUGAAGCAGACAAAAACCAGCAUCCAUACAAUAAUGUUGAACCUACAAAUAAUAAACAUAGUCUAAAAUAUAGUCACAACAAUAACAUUAAUAUUCGAAAUAGCGUUAAUCAGGGUAAAAGUAUACGGCGCAUUACUGUAAACCCAAAAGAUGGCAAUACCAACAUUGAGAAAUCAUUAAGGAGUCGACCUAAAAAAUUUACCAUUUCUACAAAAUUUUUACGAAAAUCACGUAAUAAAUUGAGAACCGCCAGCAGCGAAAUGUCAACUGCGGUGUCAAGCGACAUGAUAUUAAAGUCUAAUAGUUCAAUGAUGUCUAUGAAACCGGUUAAUAUAAGUUUGGUCGAUGAUUCCAAUGCCAAAUUUAAAGACUUUUCUAUUGAUUCUUUAUUAAAUAAGUGAAAUGUUUACUGAUAUGUUAUGAAUUUUUUUUUGUUAUCCAAAAUAGUCAGAAAAAAAUCUUUGGAAAAGUAGAGAAAAUUGUUAUUUUUUAAACUACACUACCAAACAAAACCCUGGAAUUUAGAUAAAUAAAAUGCACGACUGGGUCGCACCUACUUGUUCUUGUAUGAUAUACAUAUUCAAAUUUCAACUUAACUGGCUUAACUGAAGCCACCUGUGCAAUAACAUGAGACAAUUGUCAACGAUGUCUCCCCUCUGUGCCACGUAGUUAUGUGUUGUAUAUGUUUCUGUUUUUUUUUUCUUUCUCUAUCUUUCUCUGUUGUAUUAAUGUCUUGUGCUGUAUCAGCCAAAUGGACUUAGUUUCCGACAGAGAUCAGAAAUAAAUCUCAACCUUUUGAAAGGUUCCUUUAUAACUCAUAUUUGUCGCCAUUUUCAAUAAAGGUCAUAAAAUAACCUUUAUUUUUAAAAAAGAAAAAUUUCGGUCUGAGAGAAACCUUUAUUUUGUAUUUUUUUAUGUUUCGGUCAACCAGUGAGAUUUGUCGCUGAGAGAAAAAAAUAAAUUCAUCUGCAAAUGUAUCAAUUCCUAGAGACAUGGGAGUGGUGCCAUAUGAAAGCUUAUGUUCUCAGCUACCCGAUAGUGGUAUAAUCGGUUUUUGGAUUUAUUUUCAAAAUUCCGAGAAAAUCGCGUUUGAAAGUUUGGGUAAAAUUUUUUUUCGAAAAAUCCCCGAAUCUUUGAACGCUCCUGGAAGCUAAACCGCUUGAGAGCAAUUUUUGGGAGUGAUGCCAAAUAAUAGCUUGUGCCAUGGGGUACGCUUUGCACAUUGUCAGAUUUUUAAAAAAUCAUCUUCCGUGUUAAACCGCCACAUCAUGCCUAUUUUUUCAGAAUCAGGCUUAACUUUUUUGUUACCUUUAAGUUCACCCAGUUUGAGAACGCGUGCACCUACAGGGAUGGGAGUUGUACCCAAAUUCUGAGAUAUAGCCGUUUGAAGUUGGGCGGGCGAAAACGCUUCUGGAAGCGACGUUUUCCUUUGAAUUGACCAUUUUUGAUUUAUUUUCUUUGACCUUUUCCAUUUAUUUUUUUGUAAAAAUCUCAACCAUUGAGAGAUAUUUAAAAAAAUAAAAAAUAAAUCUCAACCGAUAACCUUUAUUUUAGAUUUUAAAAAAUAAAUCUCAAACCUUAACCGAAACUAUUUAAAGUAAUGUGGUUACUCUCAUAGAGAAACCGAUUGAAAAUAAAGGUUGACUGUUAUUUUUGGUCUCUGGUUUCCGAAGCUGCAGUGUGUCUAGUCUAGAAGAUUUAUCUUCAGAUUAGAUUAAAUAUGGAAAUGUAUGUAAAUUUCAAGCAAAUCUAUUAAUUCAGUUAGACCCUAGCUGGAUGUAUAGAUUGAUGCCCAGAUGCGCGGACGGCAUGACGAGCUUUUGAGCUUGUCCACUAUCGUAAUGUUCGUUUUCAUUAAAACCUCGAACAAAAUUUUGAGACGAAACAUACACUAGUUCUUUAGAGCAAGUAAAAAUUAAGGUUACUUUCGAAAUCUCUAAGAGCCAACGACAUAAUGAAUCAAGUCAUCUAAAGAAUGUUGUGAGGCAUAUCAUUAGAAAGGUCUUGGUCAGUAGAGCACGAAUUGAAGUCUGGCAGCAUUUUGGUGUGACCAACAUGGGUUAAAUUCGACCCAAAGUGUAAAAAAAUGAAAAAAGUCAACCUGGUUGGGUAAAUUUGUAAAUUUAAUUCCUAACCCAAAGUAAUUUGCAUAAGGGCUCUUAAAAUCAUAUUUCCUGAUUUUCAUAGAGAAAUAUUUUUUUCUAGAUACCUUUUGAUUGAAAAAUAGCAUUAAUUCUGGGUUAAUCCAAUACUAUCUCAUUUUAUUGUCUUCAUAUUAUCUGAAUGUUAAAGAAUAAUGGAAGGUUAAUGUUUCAUAAAAUAAUUUACCAAGAGUUCAGCCACGUAAAAACAAAACAAAAAGGUUGUUUUUAAAGUAGUUUUGUUUUUUUUUUUUGUUUUUAAUUUCUCGAAAACGGUGUGACAUUUUUACUUCCCGUUUUCUGUUUCUGUUUAAAAACAUAAGACCAUUAAAUUUUUGAAAGCUAAUUUAGUACUUAUAUACAUAUAAUUUUGAAAAAAAAUUAUAUCAAUAUUUUUUUUUUCAUUUUUUUUCAAAAUUUUGACUUUGAAAAUUAUUUUAUCAAAAACUAUUUCAUAAAACAGCUUUAUUUAAAAAGUAUAUAAAAAACAAUGUUUUCGGCUUUACAAAAAGGUACAACAGGUUAUUGUAGGUGAAACCGUUGAUUUUAUUUUAUUUUUUCCCAAAUAAAGUCAAUUUUUUAGAAAAUUGCCGCUCCUGGCUAAACGGGGGAAAUAGACCCCCCCCCCAAUACGUUUUUUUUCUUGUCUCAACGUAACCUACACGCUCUAGCUUUUUGACACAUUUCUCCUAAAUCGCACUGUA